CUCUCUCUUUCUCUCUCUCGUUACCUAGCAGUGUGUGUUCUUCGCCGCUAAUCCUUUUGGGGAGCGCCAUAGCUCUUGUCUUCUCUCACUGUCGCGGCGCCUGCGAGGAGGCGUGAAUGCGACCGGAGAUCUUCCAGUUCUAUCUCCUGCCGCUGCUGCCGCUGGAGCUCUAGGCGCCGAUCAGGAGCAUCCGCCGCCGGCAUUCUCGCGUAAUCUCCAGGUAUCGCGUCAAUGCGGGCUUGAAUCGGCAUUCUCUCGGCGUCGCCAGGGUUUUGGUGUCGCAGAUGAAGGGAUUGGAGGUUCUCGGGGCUUGAGGAGGCGGAUUAUCGCAUCCAAGGCGCCAGGAUCGAUCAACCAUCGCUUGUUUUGUCGUGUUUUUGUCACGGCAGAGACCUAAUUCCUGUGUUCUUCAGUGCGGGUUUGCGAUGGGGAAGUCCGCGAGAUGGAUCAAGAAAGUUCUCGGCCUCAAGAAGAAAUCCUCGUCCAAGGAGAAGACGCCCUCGAAGUCGUCAGAGAAAACACCGGCAAAGCCAUCGGAUAGUGAGUUUGUUGUCCCGACGAAGCCCAUCUUUAAUGAAAUUCCGCAAGUGGUUCCUGUGCAGCCACCAUCUCCAAUUGAGCCCGUGCAUGCGAAGAAGGAAGAUCCGCCUCCUCCCCGUGCUGAUCUAUGCAUAUGCCCACCAGUGAAACUCGAUCGGCAGAUACAGUGCACGGAUGAAUCCGUUGAGGAGUCUGCCGAAGAACUUAAUCAUGCAUCUCGCGAGGACCCGGAGCUCGAUGUCGUGGACGAUGAUAUCUUCCAGAAAGUUAUCAGCAAGGAGGAUCUCGCGGCUGUGAAAGUCCAAAAGGCUUUUCGAAGCUAUCUGGCUCGGCGGGCACUUCAUGCUUUAAGAGGUCUGAUCAGGCUACAGGCUUUGGCUCGCGGUCAUGCUGUGCGUAGAGAGGCUGCGGCAGCUUUAAAAUGCGUGCAAGCGAUUGUUCGCGUCCAAGCCAUUUUCCGAGGCCGGCAGGUUCGACUAUCGGAGGAAGGCCAGGCAAUCAAGUAUCUUCUCCAACGUUACAGGCAGCUCACAGAAGACUCCUGGCAAUUAGCGGACCACAAACCAUACAAGGGGAUUUACCGCGUCAGCAGCAACACAAAGAAUGCAGAUCAAGCAAUGCAACGACAGCGGGAAUGGAAAAAGUCGAGGAAGCAACCAUUGUACAUCGACUCGGCGCUGGAGUCUGGCUCCGGAUGGGGAUGGCUGCAGCGUUGGACACUCGCUCGGCCAUGGGCAAUGACCGACGGCGUGGACAUCCCGGAACAAAGCCCAAGACAGCACAAACAGGAGCUUCCAACGCAAGUCAAAUCUUCGCCUUCGUAUCCGCCUGACACGAUCGCAGAGAAAAGCGAGACGUAUCCAACGCCGGAACUAAACUCACACCAACACCCACGCCCGGCGGCCCAGGACGUGGUACACGACGAGCCCGCGAAAGAAGGUCCCAUUGCGGAAUACACCGAACCAAGAACCUCCGACGCUCCUCAUAUCGACGAAGACUCACCAGAGCUCUACGACGCCACCGAGACGCUCUCUCCGCCAGCUGAGAAUGACCACACCAACGGCCACGAGGUCGACCACGGUAACGGACAUGACGAGUACCCGGACGAAGACCAAGCUUUUGGAGAAGAAGAGGAAGCGUUGGAUCAGGACAAUGGCCGCCACCACCACCAUCAGGACGAGGAUGACAACGAAGAAGAAGAGGAGGAAGAAGAAGAAGAGGAAGGCACAGCUCGCAUCGCUCGGGCCGAGGAUUCGACCAAGCAGGGAUACUUUUCACCGAAAGUUGAGAACAACAUAGACAACGCUACUACUCCUCACCGAACGCGCGUUCCAUCAUACAUGGCAGCGACGCAAUCGGCCAAGGCCAAGGUCCGCGGCCAGAGUCCCAAGAGCGCGUCACCGACGGAGACGGGGAAGAGGAGGUUCUCCAUCCCUGGACCGAAUAGCACCAAGGCGAGCUAUGGCGAAGCUCCUCCACGGAGGCUUUCACUUCCAGGAGGUCCCAAUGGCAACGACACUAGCCCGAGAAGGCACUCUCUUUCCAAUGGCCGGCUUCCAGAGAUGGUUCGCUCGCCACAGCCGCGCGCUUCGAUUGGCAAGGCAAAAGCUGGUGAUGGUCGCGAUGGUGGCGCUGUGAGGAGAUCUACUGAAAUGCGGAGGUCGUUCAAGUUUUAAAGAAGAGCUCUCAUCCUCUCUGUCGAUCUAAACUUCAAUACUACACGAAAGUAAGCUUGGUAAGUGAGGUUUUUGGUUUCGCCAUCUUUUUCUCGUUUCAUUUUCUUUUGAGAAAUGUUUCUGGUUUUAAAAUAAUUUUACACAAUCUAACUGAUUAAUAGUUGAUUAGUAUAAUUACCUUGA